AUUCAGCAGCUGCAGGAUCAUUUUUCCGAGUUACUUAUUCGCAAGUGUCGUUUGUGUUGCUGGAAAAAGGACACAAAUCGUAAAAAUCCUCGAGAAGAUGGUACGACGACAGCUCUAGAAACGACCUUGAUCUGUCUGUCACCGAUUGGUAAAAAGUACUACUGGUGGCUGAUGUACGCGAACAAACAAACUUUUUCGCUCGUAGGAAGAUCCCUUGUUAGUACGCUGGGUGUAGUAGUUUAUGUCCUUCCCUUUGGUUAUUUCCAUUUUUGCGACCACCCCGCUACGUUGUAAGUACGUGAAAUGUCCUCCACGACUAGCAAGCGGCAGACGAAAAAACAAAGCAUGCGCGACAAGAAAAAAAUGAUGAAGGCCAAGGACAGGAGGGUUUUGGCGGCGUCCCUCGAAGAGCACGGAAUACUGAAAAUAGCUGCUACGACGACGAUUGAUUGCGGGGGCUCUGACGAUAAUAUUAGUACGACUAGACAAGAUGACAUCAGCGCCAGGACAGUAAACUACGACGAGAACAACAGGACAAGUAUGGUCCGCCUUCCGAGCAGCGACACGGCAGCCACGUUGUCGGAUCUGAUCGAAGCCCUGCCCAAGACGCAGCCGGCGUUUGACUACUAUGAUUGUGCGAUCCCCGUGCCCAACAUCGAGUGUCGGCGGAAGGCUAUCAAAUGUAAGAAUGUCUGGGUCUGGAAGAAUGCAGAUUUUUGUCAUGCUGUUUUUGCAUGACACAAAAUGUCUGUCAUGGAAGCCCUAGCAUCACAGAUUUCGACAAGCUUCCGCAUUGCUUAUUCCGCAUGACAAAUCCCCCAUUUUGGUGACAGGAAAUGGGCACCCUUUGCUGCCUAUGCAUGAGAGAUUUGUCUGUGUUGUGAAAUGCGCAUCACAAGCUCGCAUCCUUCCAGACCCAGACAUUUUUACAAUCCAUAAAGGCGUUCGACCUACAAAAAUAUAACCCGGAGCACGUGGUGGAUAUCAAAAACACCAUUUUCAGUGCCACCAGCCUGUUCUCCUUCGAUGCCGCCGAGUUUCCGUUUGCCGACCUGGUGAGCGACGUUUUCGAGAAGCACGUGAGCUCCUGGGGCCCGGAUCGCAGAGAGAUUGUGGAAGAGUACUAUGAUCUUCAGGAGGAAGCGAACAGAAGAACGACCAAAAGAACCAGCAGCUCAAAUGGAAUUACGUCGGCAGCAGAGGAGAAGAUCAGUAUGAAUGAAGACGGCGCAGCUGUAAUUUCUAGACCGACCACCUCCCCGAUAGGGCGGGAAAAUAAUUGCAAAAGAGCUACCUCCUGCCUACAAGCCGCUGAAGAUUUGGCUGUAACAAGGUCGUCGUCGUGUUCAUCUUCAUCAUCUUCAUCCCCUACUUUGAGUGGUCCUCGUGUGCAUCAUGAGGGGCCGCACCAUCGCGGUGCUGUGGCUCCUGCCGGAGAGUCGAGCAGCUGCGGCUUAUUUUCAGUGAAACAAGAAGAACGCGAUCGCGGAGCAGCUGCUGCACCUACCCAAGGUUAUGAGACAAGUAUCACGGGAAAUAAAAGUUUUACCUCCGCGUCUGAGCAGCAGCAGCAUGGCGUGCUGCCGAGUGCCGUAAAUCGACGAACUUCCGUGCACUGCUACAAUCGGCGGGCGGAGAGUAACCGGAACGAUCGGUCGGGUUGCUGUGAAAAAUCAUUCUACUCUAGUGGUACAACUACAACUUCAGCCUCCAUAACUCCAGAAGGACGGCGCGACCAAAGCUGCAGCUCCGCUACGUCAUCAAAAACAGCAUCUCGUCCCCAGGACGAUGGCGUUGAGGAUUAUUUUCAUCAUACCGCUGGAGCUACUAGUCUGCUGCCAGGACAAGUGCUCGGGUCGACUUCCCCCGUAAGUCUGAUAUUAAGUGGGAAUGAUCAACAAGCUCAAGAACAGAAACAUCUUGUACAUGCGGCGGUGGAAAGUAGCACGCCGAUAAAAAACAGUAACAGCGACUCGUCGACUGAAGUUUGUAGUGCGAAGACGACAACAGGCGGCCAAGUUUCAUCGAGGUCGGAGGUUUCUACUCCGUGGUCCACGGGAUCGUCACCUGUGUCGGAAGAUCGCAGCUGCGGGGCUUGUCCUCGGACAGCUGCACUGCAGUCUACCUCUACGGAGAGCAGCUGCAUCAACCGCAGCAGUUCUUCGCGCAGCAGAGGUGAGGGCCCGCUGUUGACUGGGUCGCUUGUUCUGGACGACCUGGCCGACGAUGUCGAGAUGAGGGGCAGCAGUUGUAGUACAAUUGUAGCAAGAACUGGGGCAGGGGACCAGGAUCACGACCACCGCGAGGAAGACUUGCACCGCAUUGACCUCGACCAGCGCAGGCAAACUUUUGCGGAGAGCAUGCAGCAGCGGCCCGACUUUCAGCUCUCGCUGAUUCACCUCACCGCACAGGGGAAGAACAUGGCGAAGUUUCCGCCGCGGUCGGGGCACGAUCCCUUCCGUCGGGGCUGGAUGUACGCACUGAAGGAACCGACAUUUCGCAAGCGGAUAGAUGCUUUGUUCGAGAAGUUCAUGCGGGAAGUGAUCAAGCCGCGGUUGAAAGAGCAGUACAGGGAGUAUUUGCUGGACUGUCUGGCCCAGAACCGAAAGCCGGAAUGCGGGUCGUGGGAACGAGGAGGCCGCGGAACAAGGAACGAGGAGGCAAUGAUGGUACAACUAGAGGGGGAUCAUGACUCCAGUUGCGCUCCGGAAACCGCACCGGUUAUUUCAGCCGCAGCCCGGGAAAGAAGCACAACUGCAGCAUCGGAGCAGCAGGAGCAGAUGAUCGCGCAGCUUUUGGAGGACUUCAAAGUUUUUUACCAGUACGAACCCUCCCUGCGGGCGCACGUGAAGGACGUGAAGCCGCUGGGGAUUCCGCACACGGACGCGGAUUACUACCACCAACCCGGGGAAAUCAACUUCUGGUGGCCCGUGAGCCACCGGGUGUUCGCGUCCAACAGCCUGUUCGCGGAGUCGCAGCCGGGCCGGAAGGAUUUCGCGCCGUUUUGCUGCGGGUACGGCGAGGUGGUGCAGUUUUACGGAAACCAAAACCUGCACUUCACCAAGCUGAACGAGACGGAAUUUUCCCGCGUAUCCCUGGACCUCCGGGUGGUGCCCUCCUUCCUCUACUGCGACACGUGGAAGAAGGCCGACGGGAAAGUCUCCUUCUCCAACGGCGGCUACUACAGGAUGAUGUGAGCUGCAGCAGCUUGUUCACAGAAAAGGUCCCUUCAAAUGACUUGGCGAAAUUAGGAGAUGAAAACAUGUUUAUCAUACAGUAAAUUCACUCGUCUCGCCCGCACGACCUGCCUCGAGACUGCUUUUUACAAAACGGUUUCAUAGCCGAGUUAUCUUGUGAAAAAACUGCCGACGGAG